AUGGGUAAUAAGCAAACGAUAUUUACUGAUGAACAGCUAGAUGCCUACCAGGAUUGCACUUUCUUCACUCGGAAAGAAAUCCUUCGGUUGCAUGGCCGAUACCAUGAAAUGGCACCAAACGUUGUGCCCAUGGACUAUACAAAGGACCCAGAUGUUAAACUACCUAUGCAGCUUAUAAUAAACAUGCCUGAGCUAAAGGAGAAUCCUUUCAAGGAAAGGAUUGUGGAAUCUUUCUCAGAAGAUGGAGACGGGAGCCUCAGCUUCAAUGAUUUUGUGGAUAUGUUCUCUGUGCUCAGUGAAAUGGCUCCCAGAGAGCUUAAAGCAAUCUAUGCCUUUAAGAUCUAUGAUUUUAACACAGAUAACUUCAUUUGUAAAUCAGACUUGGAAAAAACCCUCAAUAAGCUGACCCGAGAAGAGCUGACGGCAGAGGAAAUCACUCUGGUUUGUGAGAAAGUGAUAGAAGAGGCUGACAUGGAUGGUGAUGGGAAACUAGGAUUUGCAGAUUUUGAAAAUAUGAUUUCCAAAGCACCGGACUUUCUCAGUACUUUCCACAUAAGAAUCUGAAGAUGUUUCUGUGAGCCAGUGUUAUCAGAAAUUACUUGCCAGUCCAGCCUUUCUGAAUCUCAGGCACUUUGGGGGCUUUUGUCCUUUAAUUAUGGCUUCUUAGAACUCAGCAGAAAGCACUGAAAUAAUUCUGGUCCACAAAAAGACAGAAGCAUCAUGUGAUCUACAGGAUAUUUGGAACAGUCACAUUUUUACCUUCACUGCUGGCCAAGCACUCUGGCAAAGACGGUUGGUUUUGGGGUUGUGGGUUUUCUUUUUUUUUUUUUUUUCUUUCUUAAACAGGCAGAAUCAGAAUAUUAUUAAAGGUAUUUCCACAUAGUUUUUAUAUUUAUGAAUAUUUAAUACUGCUCUUAAAAGCGAAAAAAAAAAAAAAAAAGAUUGACAGAAGGGUUAGCUUUGACUU